AUGGAACCUCCCGCCGGACGUGAGCGGACGGGGUCCUGGAUCACCGAGAAUCUGAGUUUGGGACGAGCAUUAGGGUAUCCGGCCUAUACCUUCCGGCGGCUCUUGUUAUUGGUCAGUUGCCUCCUGGGUGUCGUUCAGUACGGCCUGGUGCUCACCAAUGGCGUCACCGUGAAGGACUUCAACGAUUACUACCAGCUGACCACUGCGGAGGGCGACUUCCUCUAUGGUUGCAUGAACUUCGGCGCCUGCGCCCUUUCCUUCGUCCCUGGUUUGAUCUAUGACCGCCUGGGGUGCAUCACGGCAAUGCUCUUGGGGACGGUGCUGGCAGAUUGCGGCGUGCUGCUGCAGAUUGUGUGGACACCAGACUGGCCUGAGUUCGUCAGCACGAUGGGAGGCUUAGCCUUUUGUUACACUUGCUUUGGUUUUGCUUCCACUUUCUUCAACGUCAUUGGUUCUUUCGCACCUUUGUCAGCCUUCCCCGUGGAAUAUGUGGGCAAAGUCUCUGCGUGCAUUCAAGUUUGCAUGUCUUUAGGCAUUACCAUUCAGACACAGGCCUACUACUUCCUGAAGAAGCUGGGUGGUGAUCCUAUCAUGCACUAUUUGGAGUAUGCCUUGGUGUCUUUCAACUUGGUUGGCAUCCUCAUGUGCACUGUUUUCUACUUCAGCUCCCGCCUUCUUAAGAAGAGCGAAGAAGCUGAAGAUCAAGGGAUGGAGCCUGAGAUGUCUUUGAGAAAAUGUUUGUGCAGUGUUGACUUUGCCUACAUGUUCCUUCUAUUUUGUAGUGCCAUUGGAUUCAGCUUUAGCUUCUUGAACUGCUUGGGUCGUCUUAGCGCGGAGGUGGGGGUCAGCGGUACGGAGUUGGGGAGCGUCUUUGGAUUGGUCAAUGCUUUGGGGCGGCUGUUGGUGUGCCUUCCCCUCGACUACACACGCAAGUAUCGAUGGGGGGGCGUUUAUGUUUACAUCUUUGCAUCGCUUUUGAUCUACACCGUUUCUAUGCUGAUUCUUGCCGUUCCAGCCUCCCCCACAGCCACCAUGAUGCGAACGGCCAACGUCUUUGCAUCCUUAGGCUACGGUGGCUUGCUGGGCAUCGUGCCGCCGGCCUUGCGCAUCACCUUUGGGACCCAGCAUUUGGGGAUGAUCUACGGUCUUCUGUACGUGGGUGUGGCCAUUUUCGAGCCUCUGUGGAGCCUCCUCUUCCAAAAGACGGAGGGCUGUGUGGGCGUGGAAUGCUACGACCUCUACACCAGGAGCAGCACUUGCGCCUUGUUGAUCACGCUCCUUGCCACCUGGGCAGUGCUGAGACAACAGACACGCGGAAUGAGCCGCGAAGCCUUAUUGCAGUGCUCCGAUGGCAAUCUUCCGCAAAGUGGACCAGCCACUUCCAGUGGUGCGGGAGGGCCCUGGGCUGCUGCGGGGCUCAUUGCGCAACCGGAGAAGCGGCAAUAUCUGCCAGCCGUGCGGGCUGGAGAUGGGAAGGUGGUCCAUUUGACCGCUUCCACACGACAGCCAAAGCGCUGGGAGACGCAAGUUCGCUUUGAAAAACCCCAUGACAAGUUGAGAGAGUGGGGUUCCCGCGAGCGCGACGAAGUGCAUGAAAGCAAAGAGGAGGUUUCGCGCUCACCUGUGAGCCCGCAGCUGUCCCACCAACAGAGUCUUGUGCCAAGACGCAGGAGCAUCCAAGCCCUGGAACAGCUUCGCUCGGACCUGCUGAGUAACCCUACUUCGGCUCCUGCGCGGCGCUACCGGGGGUCUACCAGUGUUUGGGACACCAUCCACAGCAAUGCAAACCAACAGUGCGUCAAGAUGCGCAGGAUCUUGGAGGCGGAGUCGCACUCGCACGCGGCGCCGAGCAUCGAGAACUUGCUGCGGGAAGAGCGGCCGCCAGCGGAAGAUCCGUCCAGGCCUUUGUACCUCACGGCGGUGGUGCUGCUGUAUAUCUCACCCUGCAACCCCCUCAACAUGGAGCAUAUCCUGAUGCUAAGGCGAGCCCGGCAAGCGGUGGAAGCCUUUUACCGCGUGGUGGUGGCCGGGGCUGUAGUGAUUCCCUGGAGCAGCACCGCAUUGGCCAAGCAUUUCGAGAGCGAACGACCUGCAGUUCAACUGCCCUUCGACUUCCGCAUGUCUAUUGCUCAAAGUGUGAUUGAACAAGCGGAACAGGACUGGAUCCUCAUGGACAACUGUCAAGAAGGCUGCCUGGCAAACGCCCCUGGCAAAUUGCUGGACUACUUCAGUGAGUACACCCGAAGUCGUUUGUAUGACCCUGGCUAUGACACAAAAGUCCUCGAAGUCCAUGAUGAAGACACACUUUGGAGCCUCCACCCACGUCAAAUGGAUGGAUCGCACCGUGUGCCCUUUGAUCCAUAUGGCAAGGUGCCUGACGUCUCGCCCUUUGCAGUUGUUAAAGAAGUAAAAUAUGUUCUGGUGGAAUGCCCCAAGCAGGUGCAAUGCCGUGAGCUGUUGCGACGCACCAUUUGGCUCAUUUGUCGCGGUGAGGAGAUGACCUCGGCCAUGGACAUCCUUCGGCGUCUCUUGGGUGAGCCGGGGGCCGAAUUGCUGCAGCGUUGGGCCAAGGGUCGAGCUCGGCAGGCGGUCCAGGCGGUAGCCCCCAGGUGA